AUGCAGCAGACGCUCAAGAUGGACCCCCCGGACGGGCCCUCAGACGCCACCGUCGGCCUUGCCGGCACUGCAGGUCCCGCGGCAAGGACGACCAGGGCGACCACCGACACCCGCGUGAUGGAGAAGAGCGAGUCCGUGUGGAGGGACGCGACCCCGCUGGACCCGGGCCUCAGCGACCAAGAGAUCGUCGCGGUGAUGCGGGAGCGGCUACGGCGCGUGCACACCACCGCCCAGGACGCCCUAAGCCAGUGCAUGCGGUGCCCCGCCGUGGCCACGAUGCCCCUCGGCGGCCCGGAGGAUGGCGGCUUCCUUGUGGAUGCUGACAUUGUCGAGGCGUUCGCGGCGCAGUUGCGAUUGGACGGGGCGGCAGGGGAAGUGUAG